CCUUCCCAGACAUUGAACUGGCAAACCCGGCUUCUCUCACAACCCUUCGCGUGCACACAAGCUUAACAUUUCUUUUCUGUUUUGAAUUUGGUUCAGGUACAGCCUCAUUUGCUCCAUCUUCUCUGUACGUUUUCGUUUCGAUUUCACGAGACUCACGCGACCUGAUAGUGCAUCGUAGAGCAACAAGCAACGCAACAAUGGCGGAGACCAAGACUUCUCCUGUGACCAACGGCGACUCGCCGAAUUCUGACACACUUCGCCACCUCCUGACUCUCCCGGCUGUGCAAGAUGGCGUCCGCGCAUUCAGCUCCAACCCGCUGGGCAGGAUCUCGAUUCGGUUGACCAACUCGGCCUACCACUUGGUGGGUGCCCCGGUGCUGUCUCUCUUCAACAAGCCGCUCUCCUACGUGACGCCCUACGCCCAGCGGGUGGACGAGUUUGGCGUGCAGACCCUUGCCAAGGUGGAGGAGAAGUACCCGAUCGUCAAGAAGCCGUCGCCCGAGCUCCUGAAGGGCGCCAAAGAAGCAGCCUACGCACCGGUCCGGCAUGUGGCCGAGGUGUACAAUGGCGCGUACCAGAAGACGUCGGGCAACCACACUAUUGCCAGCGGCAAGGCGGCCGCCAAGACUGCCGUUGUGGUCUCGGUUGAGGGCGCCAUCUAUGCCCUCCGCGAGGCCCUCAAGUUUGGCCAGUCGUUCCACGUCACCGAGUCGAUCAAGGCCGCGAUUGACCAGCUCGAGGAGGCGCUCCGGCGCCAGAACGGAGAAAACAUCAACAACCAUACCGCAAACUCCGGCCACGCCAGCAACCGCCGGGACGAACCGGAGACAACUGGAGCUAAGAUCUCCAGCGACUGAGUGCGCUUACUCUAAUAUAACCAUACAUCGUGUUGACGCGCAAGGUAGCCGGCAGCCAAUCCGGUUUCAAGACUAGUCCCGGGAAAGCAGGGAAGCACAACUGUUCAUCUCCUUCGGCUGGAUCUGAAACUGGUGGGACUCGGCAGCGAAACAGAAACUCGAAUUGGGUUGAUCUUUUUUUAAAAACCCCGUAUUUAUCUGCUCGUUUGGGGGGCGGGGGCGGGGGCGGAGGAGAGGAGGGGGGGAAGCGUGUUGAGGAUUGGACUUGUUUUGGCAGGAAAACGAAACAGGGAUAGAAACGGGCAUCAUGGUGUCGUAGUUUCCAACGGGGGACUGCUGUGUUAGUAUGUAACUGGCGAGGUCGAAACAGAGACGGGAGUUUGCGCUGAAAAUGCACUCGCAGGGCUCAGAUAAAGAUGCAAAAAAAGGUGACAGGUGAAGGAGUCAGCAUCGAAAGAAAGCUUCAUGGCUUCAAGGC